AUGGCCGGGUUUGUUUCAUAAUUUUUGUUAUUUGACAUUGAAGUCUUUCUAUUUAUAAAAUAAUCAACAGAGUCUUCAGAUAGAAGGCAACCAUGUUGAUUUUCAGGCAGAGCAAGAAGUUGAUUGACUUCACGCUAAGGCGCAAACUGAUCAAGAUAUAUCCAGUUCAGAUAACAUCCUAUUCUAAUCGGAAAUUAGGGGAGGUAGUAGCUGAUGUAGAAAAUCUAAGAAAUAUCGGAAUCUCGGCUCACAUUGAUUCAGGAAAAACAACACUGACUGAACGUUUAUUAUUUUAUACUGGUAGACUUCAGGAGAUGCAUGAGGUGCGAGGCAGAGAUCAAGUUGGAGCUAAGAUGGAUUUUAUGGAACUAGAACGACAGCGUGGAAUAACUAUACAAUCAGCAGCCACUUAUAUAAGCUGGAAAGAUAUUAACAUUAAUAUCAUUGAUACACCAGGUCAUGUAGAUUUUACAGUGGAAGUUGAAAGAGCGUUAAGGGUGUUAGAUGGUGCUGUGUUGGUGUUAUGUGCUGUAGGUGGUGUUCAGAGUCAAACACUGACAGUCAACAGACAGAUGAAACGAUAUGAUGUACCCUGUAUAGCUUUUAUUAAUAAACUAGAUAGAAUGGGAUCUAAUCCUAAAAGAGUGCUGGAUCAAAUAAAAACUAAGUUAAAACAUAAUGCAGCGUUUCUACAACUACCUAUUGGUUUAGAAGGACAACAUGAAGGUGUUGUAGAUUUAGUCAGUCAGAAAGCUGUAUAUUUUAAAGAACCUUUAGGAUUUACAAUAGUUGAAGAUGAAAUACCACAGAAUAUGAGACAAGAAGCUGCUGAAAAAAGACAAGAAAUGAUUGAAUGUGUAUCCAAUGUUGAUGAGCAAUUAGGUGAACUGUUUUUAGAUGAAAAAGUUCCCACGGAGGCAGAACUGAAGGCUGCCAUCAGAAGAUCUUGUAUUACCAGAAGUUUUACACCAGUCAUGUUAGGGACAGCUUUGAAAAAUAAAGGAGUACAAACCCUACUAGAUGGGGUAGUGGAUUAUUUACCAAAUCCAUCUGAAGUUAAAAAUAUAUGUCUGGAUAACAGAGAGGGUGUAAGCAAUACAAAAAAAUUUGAAUUGAGCCCAGUAAGAGACUUCUCCAAUCCUUUUGUUGGACUGGCUUUUAAGUUAGAGGCAGGAAAAUUUGGACAGUUAACAUAUUUACGAGUCUAUCAAGGUGGUUUAAAGAAAACUGAUCUGAUAUAUAAUACACGAACUGGUGCUAAAACAAAAGUAUCAAGAUUGGUUCGAAUGAACGCUGAUGAAAUGGAGGAUGUUGGAGAAGUAUUUGCAGGAGAUAUUGCUGCCUUAUUUGGAAUAGAUUGUGCUAGUGGAGAUACUUUCUCAACUAAAGAUAAUCUUCAUCUUUCUCUGGAAUCUAUGUUUAUUCCGGAGCCUGUGAUAGCUAUGUCUAUUAGACCUGAGAAACAGUCUGAUGUAGAACAGUUCUCUAAAGGUAUCAGUAGGUUUACUAAAGAAGAUCCCACAUAUAAAGUACAUUAUGACAGUGAUAAUAAGGAGACCAUUUGUUCUGGAAUGGGUGAACUACAUUUAGAUAUCUAUGCUCAGAGGUUGGAACGUGAGUUUGGCACAAAAUGUAUUCUGGGUAAACCAAAAGUAUCAUUUCGAGAAAGUUUAACACGUGUGGUAGAGUUUGAACAUAUACACAAGAAGCAAACAGGAGGUCAAGGUCAAUAUGGAAAGAUUAUAGGAUAUAUUGAGCCUUUAGAUGCAGAAGAAAACACAAAACUGAUCUUUCAAGAUAACACAGUAGGAAAUAAUAUACCUAAAACAUAUAUACCAGCUAUAGAAAAGGGUUUCCGCAAGGCAUGUGAGAAAGGUGGUUUAACUGGACAGAAAGUAGCUGGUAUUAGAAUAGUACUGACUGAUGGAGCUCAUCAUCCGGUAGAUUCUAGUGAUUUAGCUUUCACUAAUUGUGGUGAAUACUGUAUGAGAGACUGUUUUCUAGAUGAUGGUUGGAUUGUGUUAGAACCUAUAAUGGCUGUAGAGGUGACGGCCCCAGCAGAGUUCCAGGGUACUGUAUUAAACAGUUUGAAUAAGAGACAUUCAGUAGUAACGGGUACUGAGAUUGUAGAUGAAUAUUUCUCUAUAUUCUGUGAGGUGCCUUUGAAUGAGAUGUUCGGUUAUUCUACAGAAAUUCGAUCCUUAACGCAAGGUAAAGGAGAAUUUACCAUGGAAUAUAGUCGUUAUUGUCCAGCCCUUCCAGAAACACAAAAUGUUCUCAUCCAGGCUUAUAAUGAGGAAAUUUCAGAAAAACAUUCAAAGAAGAAGAAGAAAAAAAAUUAAUGAUGAUGAAGUUUAGUUUUAAUUUUGUUAUGGACAAUGCAUGGAAACAGGUGAUACAUGGAAAAUAUAGAGGUAUAGCACAAAUGAGGAAUAACAAGAACAGUCUGUUUUUUACUAGUAGAAGAAAUAAUAAUAGUAACUAGUUUAAAUGAUUCCAGUACCUUAAAACAAAAUAGUUUUUGUAAAAA